UGUCAUGAGAGAAAAGCAUCGAGUGAGAGAUGUGUUGACUCAAGUGAGCAUCAUGAUCCAUUCGAAUAUGUAUUAAUUUUCUAAUAUCGGAAGAAACGACAACAGGAAAUAUCGCCGUGCGUUAAAGUGAGGAAGAGGGACAGAAAAGAGAGUGGAGGCGAUCUAGUACAUAGACAUUGAGAGCUAUCUCUGCUGCAUAGUACAAGCUGUAUCGCCAGGGCGCGAGGCCGCGACCCUGAGCCCGAUACGCGGAAUAGGACGUUUCGAUAGCGGAAUAGUGCGCGCAACGAAUACGUGUCAAACAUCGGUCCACGGAUAAGCGCAAAGUGGAGCAUCGUAGCGUACGCGGUGCUAUCUGCUAUCAUUUGCUCGCGAAAAGGUCGAGAGUUCAUGAUCAUUCAGUGACUCGAAACGAUGAUUCGACUCGUCGUUUGACGACGAUCAUUUUUUUUCUUUAUUUAUCACUGCCUGAACGAUCAAAAACUAUUAGUAGGCAAAACGACGAAUUUUUUCUCCUUACUCUCUCGCUUCUUAAGUGGAUAUCUCGUUGACCAGUUUUAUAACCUGUUAAGAUCGAACGUUUCUACGUUACAUCAUUCAGAAAGAUUUCUUUGAAAAAGAGAAUUUUGUGAAUCGGAGAGUGAUUAUUGUAUAGUGAUAACACGAUCCGAAGAUGCCGCUCUUCGGUAAAAAGGAUUCGAAUAAAAAGAUCAAGAAAGAUGGGAAAGACGAUAAAUCGCCGUCUGUCGAGGACAAAUACAUCCUAAAGGAGUUGCUUGGAACGGGUGCUUUUUCUGAAGUACGUUUGGCAGAAAGUAAAGAGAAGCCUGGCCAAAUGUUUGCUGUGAAAAUCAUUGAUAAAAAGGCAUUGAAAGGAAAAGAAGAUUCUUUAGAAAAUGAAAUUAGAGUAUUGCGAAGGUUAACACAUCCAAAUAUUGUUCAAUUACUGGAAACAUUUGAGGAUAAACACAAAGUUUAUUUAGUUAUGGAAUUGGUUACCGGUGGAGAACUAUUUGAUAGAAUUGUUGAAAAAGGUUCCUAUACAGAGAAAGAUGCAUCAGGUUUAAUAAGACAAGUUUUAGAAGCUGUGGAUUAUAUGCAUGAUCAAGGUGUUGUGCAUAGGGAUCUUAAACCUGAAAACCUUUUAUAUUAUAAUCCAGAUGAAGAUAGCAAGAUCAUGAUUAGUGACUUUGGACUAUCAAAAAUGGAAGACUCUGGUAUUAUGGCAACUGCUUGUGGUACUCCAGGAUAUGUUGCUCCAGAAGUCUUAGCACAAAAGCCGUAUGGAAAAGCUGUAGAUGUGUGGAGUAUAGGAGUCAUUUCUUACAUCUUAUUAUGUGGUUAUCCUCCAUUUUAUGACGAAAACGAUGCGAACCUGUUUGCACAAAUUUUAAAAGGUGAAUUUGAAUUUGAUUCGCCGUACUGGGACGAUAUCAGUGAGUCUGCAAAGGAUUUCAUUCACAAAUUGAUGUGCGUCAAUGUCGAGGAACGCUUUAGUUGCAAACAAGCCCUUGCACAUCCUUGGAUAUCCGGCAAUGCUGCUAGCAAUAAAAAUAUCCAUGGCUCCGUAGGAAUGUCUUCCUCUUCUCUCAUGGUUGCAGCAAGCCUACCACGCAGCCACGGUCAUACGUCAAAUGCAACGGCUGGCACUCAACAGCGGCCAGCAGCAGCAGGGCCCAGGAUCAACAGGCCCCUCCAGCGGCAACCCCACGCCAUACCCCGAUCAAUCGCAAUCCAACCCCAGUUACCAACCCAGAUCAGUGGAGCCUCCGACCAACCUCAAUUGAAGGAAAUACGCGAGUCACCAUUGCCGGUGUCAAGCUUGGUGGUCUCGAGUCCUAUUCCCAUUCCGAUCACUCCAAAUUCACCAUUAUACUUACGCAACAAACGCUUCAAGCUGUGGGGUAGCACACGCACUGCUCUGUCUACUCUAUUUCAAACGAAUGUAUCGUAUCUUAGAAAGCAAAGAAAGUAUAAGAAAAGCUGAGUCACGCUAAGUUUCUUCUAAUGAAAAAUAUCGAAGCCAUCAGGUGGCCAUUUAUUCUCUUACCGAGUUAUUAUUCAAAUACUGGUAAGAGUUUGUAUAGAUUCCAGCUAAUUCGCUUUAUUGUGGUCUCCUGUGACAUGGUUGCCACCGAUCGUGUAUAUUACAAAAUUACACACGCUCGCGAGUGCGCGCACAUACACACACUUAAAUACACGUAUAAACAGCCCGCGCGAUAUAAGGCGAUUUUCCGAAUGUUUCUCGUUUUAUCGUCCCUCUCAGUUUUGUUGGUUUUGUUUCGACAAUUUCUAAAUAGAUUUUCUCACUUUGUUAAUAUAUAUUUCACAGUAGAAUUAAAUCCCGUAGCCAUCAAUAGUGAUUUUAAAUGACGAUAUGUCAACAGCAUUGAUUUGAUCAAGUAAAGAUGUAGUUAAUGUAUUUAGAUAAACUUAAUGCUAAUUGUGAAAUCUUGUAACGCAAGAAAGAUCUUGCUCGAUCAAAUCUGCUAAAUGUAUAAAGAAAGGAAAAAAAAAGAAACUAUGUGAACAGUACAACGACAAGUUUUUAUCUUUUAUAAGGUUUGGUGUAAUGAAUAGUAGUUGUUUAGAUGAUUUUUUGCUAUGUGAACAUCUUACUAUAUUCUGGCUAAAUAUGUUUUAAAUUCCAUAAAAACCAAUACGCAGCUUUUUACGCGGUACUUAUUCGAAUGAAUGAUAUGAUCGAAUAUAUCUUUUGAAACAGCGCUUUUUCAAGAAACACGAAACAAAAGACAAAUUAAAUAAGUUUUUUGUAAGACAGGUCACUCCGAAUGAGGAGAAGAAAAAGAAUUCUUGCCAUAUGGAAUCGUGUUGUGAGACUGUAUGAGAUCUGAUUUUUAUCAAUAUUUGUUUUUAUAUUUUCCUCAAUGAUUACUAUACAUGUUUUAUUUUAUGACAUAAAUGCAAACAUUUAUAUACGAGUCAUGUACAGUACACUGUAUUGCAAGAUAUGUACAUUGUGUACACAGAUACUUGUUCUGUUACAUAGUGAUAUUAGUACACUUUAAGAACUCCAAAACAGAGAUCUACUAAUUAGAUUUAAUAUGUAUAUACAUAUGUGUAUAUUGCUCUACUGAUAUUUUUAUCGAUAUGUUGCACUGAAAUUUAAUGGAAAAUGUACAUAAUUCAUACACGAUUCCCCAAUUGACUUUUUGCAAGAUGCAAAUAUAAAAAGCAUAUUAUAUAAUGUCGAAUUUUUCACUUUUUUAUAAUAUUUUUUUAAAGACAAUUAUAUUUUUAUACGCUUUGCAAUUUCUUCUGAUCUAAUUGUUUUUAUUGUAUUUCUAUUCUAUUAAAAAAGCAUUAAUCGUUAUUGUUCUUCAAAUAACGCAUAGAAUAAAAUUGGCUCAUCUUCGGAGAAAGUAGAAAGCACAAAUCUAAUUAGAUAAGAGCUAACGAUUUAUAUAUUUUGCUGUAUUAUAAAAGAAUUUACAUAUUAUUUUUAUAUGUUACGUUCCUUGAUGUAAAUGUGUAAGUACUUUCAAUGUGCUAUGAGUAGUUCAAUACAAAUAUUUUUGUAUUUAAUAUUUUGUUGUAGAUUACAGCUAUUAUAUAUCAUUGCAUAAGUUCCAAAAAAAAAAGAAUUGAAAUAUAAUCUAGCUAUUUAUAUUUGUAUCUUUUUAUAAUGUGAAGGAUCAGUGAAUCAUAUACAGUACUCAGUAUUUGAAUUACAACAGGUACUUCAACGAAAUGUUCGGAAAUACUUUUAGUAUUUGGUGGUAUUUCUUUAUUUUUUUACAAAUAAUUGCAGAUAAGUGCAAUACCGUAUAUACCGUAAUCUUGUGAUAAUGAUGUUACUGUGGUCUCUUACUCAAUGGUAUAUCGAUAUAAAAAUGUUGAUACUAAUAAAUAUUGAGAAUUUUCAUUGAAAUAGGAUAUAAAAUUCCUCUUAAUUGGGAAUGUAUCAAAUAUUAAUUUUUCACGAUGAUGAUGAUCAAGUUCCACGUUUUAUUAUAUAGAUGAGAAAAAUACAUUAUGUAUUAAUAUGCGGAAAAUUGUAUCGACAAAAUUCAAUGUUUUUUCAGUGUCCUUUUGAAAUAAAUCUAAAUUGUACUCAAUGAAAUCUAAAAGGAUCAUAUAUGUUACAUACAUACUAUGAUAGAGAAAAUUAUUGCUGUUUAUCGAGCGGGCACUCCUUUUGUCAUAAAUUGCUAUCUCUUUAUCUUUAAACAAUAAAUAUAGUAAUCACUCUGAA